AUGGCAACUCAAACCAGAGAACAUGGUGGCCAUGGGGGUCAUUCUCACCAUCACCAUCAUCAUCAUCACGGAAAUGUUUACCUCACCUCUGCGAACAAAAGCGACGCUGGAGUCCGAAUCACGCGGAUUGGCCUGGUUGCCAACCUCGCUAUGGCAAUUGGGAAAUUCAUUGGCGGCUAUGUCUUCCAUUCGCAAGCUUUGAUUGCCGAUGCCUAUCAUGCCCUUGCCGAUCUCGUAUCCGACUUUCUUACACUAGGAACCGUCGCGUGGUCUUUGAAGCCCCCUACAGAGAGGUUUCCCAACGGUUACGGGAAAAUUGAAAGCAUCGGUGCACUGGGCGUGAGUGGACUCCUGCUUUGUGGGGGCGUGUUUAUGGGCCUGAAUUCAGGACAAGUUCUACUGGAUCAGUUCUUUCCUGAGGCUGCGGAGGCGAUCGCUCACUCCAGAGUUUUGGGUCAUGGCCACUCGCAUGCUCACGGGGUCCAGGCCCUUGGGCCGAAUAUCAAUGCGGCAUGGCUUGCAGGGGGUUCGAUUAUUGUGAAAGAAUGGCUUUACCGUGCCACUAUGAAAAUUGCAAAUGAACGCAAAUCUUCUGUGCUCGCGUCCAAUGCCGUACAUCACCGCAUCGACUCUCUUACUAGCAUCGUCGCCCUGUUCACGAUCGGCGGUUCUUACAUGUUUCAAGACGCGUCUUGGCUUGAUCCCGUCGGUGGCCUUCUCAUUUCCCUGAUGGUGAUUAAGGCUGGGUGGGCCAAUACUACAACAUCCCUACUCGAACUAGCAGAUACUACGGUUGACGACGACAUCAAAGACUCCGUGCGCAAUGCAGCAUCCAAGAUCCUUGCCAAACUCGAAGAUCCACACGCGAUUCAGAUCCGGGACGUUCAGGGUAUGAAAUCUGGACAAAACUACCUCAUGGAGAUUGAAUUAGCGGUGCCGGGGGCUUGGUCACUCAGCCGAUCUCGCGAGAUUGAGGAGACCGUUCGACACGCCGUCGGGGCGGCUGUGCGCGGGGUCAAGCGGCUCAAGAUCCGAUUUGUCCCUUCCGAACUGGAGCAUUUGGACUUUACAGAGGAGUUUAUCGCUCCAGAGGUCAUCAGACAAAGUAACCCCGAGCCGCAAGAGGGCGAUAUUGAUGCGGUGCAUGAGGCGCAUGCGCACGACCAUCAACACAAGGAGAAUGAGUCCCGCAAGUCCCGUUAA